GCUUUGGCGGAUAAUACGGCAAGCACGGUUACAAUCUGGUAGAAACAAUUUAUACACUGCGAAUUGCGAAGAUAUUCAAAUUGAACGACGAAAGUAGGCGUAGGUGAUCCUUGAGUAAAGUGCAAAAGUUCAUCAAUGGCGAAUACAGCUCAUAUUCCCACUAGCAACUCUGCUCUUAUUGCUAUGAUCGCCGAUGAGGACACCGUGGUUGGAUUUCUACUUGCUGGAGUGGGUAAUGUUGACUUGCGGAGAAAGACAAAUUAUCUUAUUGUGGACUCAAAAACCACUGAUAAACAAAUUGAAGAUGCAUUUAAAGAGUUCACAACAAGGACGGAUAUUGCUAUCGUGCUGAUUAGUCAAUAUGUCGCUAAUAUGAUAAGAUUUUUAGUGGAUAGCUAUAACAAGCCUAUUCCUGCAAUUUUGGAGAUUCCAUCCAAGAACCAUCCUUAUGAUCCUGCACAUGAUUCUAUUCUUUCACGAGUUAAACACCUCUUCAAUGCAGAAUCAGUGGCAUCUACAAGGCAUUAAAUGCAGAUACCCUUGAGAUUUUCACUAUCCAGUGAUGUUUUAAAAUUUUCGAUUGAUUAUAUUAUGACUUAA